ACGUGGCACGUAGAGCGGUGGGCGGGGCUCCGGGAGCCAGGAAUCUUCCUAGCUAGCGAGCAGGCUAACUAUGAGGGUCCGGGUCUUCAGCGGUCCUACCGGGGUUCGGAUAGUUCGCCCAAAGUCAUGAUUCUGUGGAGAGCACCGCACAGGGCCUGAGCUGUCAGCCUUCCGUUUCUCCUCCAAGCGGCGGCCGGCCGGCGGGCCAUGCUGGUCUAGACAGAGGAACGUCAGGAAGAACCCCCCCCCCCCUGGAGUGUUUGGGCCUGACCAACCAGAGCAAAGACAGAGGAACGCAUCACAGCCAGGAUGUCUCAGAACAGAGAACUGGUCCUUUUCUACAUUAAGUUCAAACUGUCUCAGAGGAACUAUCCCGUCAACCACAUAAUGCUUAACGAGCCGCCCAACGGCACCGGCGCCCAGGGGGCGGACCAGGACGACGAGCGUACGCCGGAGACGCACGCUAACGGGACUUUUAACGGGACCAGUCCAGGCUCCCCGCGGCGACAGCAGGCGUCCACAGCCGCCAUGGAGGCGGUGAAGGCGGCGCUGAGAGACACGGCCUGCGAGUUCGAGCUGCGCUACUCCCGCGCCUUCAACGACCUUCACAGCACGCUGCACAUCACGCCGGCCACCGCCUACCAGAGCUUCGAGAACGUGAUGAACGAGGUGUUCCGGGACGGCGUCAACUGGGGCCGCAUCGUGGGCCUGUUCGCCUUCGGCGGAGCGCUGUGCGUGGAAUGCGUGGAGAAGGAGAUGAGUCCCCUGGUGGGGCGGAUCGUGGAGUGGAUGACCGUCUACCUGGAUGAGCAGAUCGAUCCCUGGAUCCAGAGCCAAGGAGGAUGGGAACGCUUUGCUGAAAUCUUCGGAGGCGACGCAGCGGCUGAGAGCAGAAGGUCUCAGGAGAGCCUGAAGAACUGGCUGCUGCUGGGGAUGAGCGUGGCGACCGCCCUCAUAGCCGGCUCCAUCUUCGCCCACAAACGCCUGUGAGAGGACGCCCCCUCCCACCGCCAUCUAUCACUAUGGUGGACGUUAAAGGAGGGUCCUGAUCAUGAUGUUUACCAGCGUCUCCUGCGGCGGACCGAGGAGCCGCAGAUGUUGGCGGCUGACAGGAAAUCGAAGUUGAAGUAUUGAUGUCGGGCGAUGGUGGUUCUGCUGAGACUGAGCCGUUUGUUCCUUUAUCCUCCAUGUUCAGAUUUAUUAAAGAUCUUAUUUUCUGUCUUAUUUUCUGAA